CCGUGGCCCAGUCAUCGCCUUGCAACCAAAAUCCGUUGCUGACCGCACACUCGAAAACCUCAAAGGGUCAAGCGGCGAGAUCCGAGUAUUCCGGUGUCGUGUCUUGCUCUGUGUAGUGUCCCGUGCGUCUCGGGCUCGAGUCUCAGUCGCACCACCAUCUCCGCCUCUUCGUGCUGCGUCUGCUUACGCAAGUUGCAGUCUCCAUUGCGCUCUAGACGUUAAGAAAACCCUGUAUACAGCUCGCCAUGCAGACUUCAUCUUUGACCACGGCGCGUGUGGCCCGCGCAGCUCUGCGUCGCGCCUCCAGUGAAUUGGAUCGUCGCAUUCACAUGCAGCGUGGAGCGUUGAGUCUCUUGACGCGCUCCAAGAGCUCGCUGGCCCCCGAGGCGGCCGUGGCUGAAGCCGCCGCUGACUCGGAGCUGGCUGACGAGUUCGAGAACAUGGCGCCGCGUCGCUUGGCCGAGGCUGACUGGGCUAUCCGUGCUCAGAAGCUGAUUCCUCGCGCGACAGUUGAGAAGCCGUACGAGCUGGCGCCUCUAACUUUGGGACUCGAGGAGCUAAUUGGCAAGACGGAGGAGGAAUUAGCCAACCCGGCCGAACUAGCCAAGAGUUCGCGCUCGUUCAUGUCCGAUGAGGACGUGGACAAGUGGCUGGAGGGCUUCGAGAUCCCCAACGAUCAACUGGCCAGGUGCUCGACAGCCGAGGAGGUCCAGGAGAUGCGUCGACGCUAUGCGCGCCAGCUCCGUCUCGAGUGCUCCGUGUACGAGAUGGCUAUGGAUAAGUACUCUGCUUCACACGAUAAAGUUCGACAGUUGGGUCGCUCCACGUCCACUAACGCCGCUAAGGAUCUCAUCCGUAAGUGGAUCCCCGAGACGGAGAAGUACAUCGAGGCAGAGCAGAAGAAGAUUAAGGCUGGAAAGCACAGUACAGACAGCAACAUCUACGGCCCAGCGCUGAUGCUGCUGCGUCAUGAUGUGCUCGCUGCUAUCGGCAUGAACAUCAUGCUGAACAUGUGUCUGAUGGAGUCCAAGGGCCCCAAGUUUAUCAAGCUGGCUCUCGCUAUGGGCAAAGCCGUGCAGGAAGAGAUUAUCUCGAAGAAAGAGGCGACGACCAAGCGCCAUGAAGACAAAGAAGACCAGUUUUAUCUGCAGGUGUCCAAGAAUAUCAAGUUAGAGAGCCUCAAGAUGCGCAUGAAGGAGUAUGUUGAUACCGUUGGAGGCUGGGACAAGCGACUGCAGCUCAAGGUGGGCGCUGCUGUCGUUGACUGCAUUCAACGCACAUGUUAUGUGCCUAACGAGUUCGGAGAGGUCUCGACGCCUGAGCUAUGCGCUGCUAAAGGUCUGCCUCCUCCUGAGCCAGCCUUCAUCCACAACUAUGUGUUCGACCGUAAUCGUCGCGCCGGAGUGAUUCAGAUCCACCAGAAAAUGGCCGAUACUGUGUUGGCCACAAGCCCUGACGCCAACGUGUUGCCCUGGACGGCGCGUUACCUGCCGAUGCUGGUUCCUCCUCGUCCGUGGACUGGUGUGGUGAAUGGAGGAUACCUUAAGCUGCGUACGAAGAUUAUGCGCCAACGAGACUCGGCCUGGCAGAUGGACUGUGUGCAGCGUGGAGAUAUGGACGGCAUCUUGAAGGCUCUGAACCUCAUGGCUGAAGUGCCGUGGGUUAUCAACAAGGAAGUGCUGGAUGUGGUGCUUCAGAUUUGGGAGGACGGCGGCAACUUCGGUGACCUGCCGACGCGUACAGAUGUUCCUUUGCCAGACCCCGACAGUCCGGAGUUUGCAAGUGACCCGGCGCUCUACCACAAGAAUGUUCGCAAGAUCGAGCAACUCAACCGGGAAUUCCACUCGCUGCGAUGUGAUACGCUGUACAAGCUGCAGGUGGCUGAAGAGUUCAAGGAUGAACCGGAGCUGUACUACCCGUACAACAUGGACUUCCGUGGCCGCGUGUAUCCGAUCCCACCCAAUCUCAACCAUCUAGGCUCGGAUCUUUCUCGUAGUCUGCUGAUCUUCCGUGACCGUAAACCACUUGGCGAACGUGGUCUACGCUGGAUGAAGAUUCAUUUGGCUAACGUUUUCGGUGUGGACAAGUGCUCGUUUGAUGAGCGUGUGGAGUUUGCGGACGCGCAUUUGGAUAAGGUCGUGGCGUCUGCGAGUAACCCGCUUGGAGAGGGAGACUGCGCUUGGUGGAAGGGCGCUGAUUACCCGUUCCUGGCUUUGGGCGUGUGCUUUGAGCUCAAGCGCGCGAUCGAGUCUCCGGACCCGACGAAGUACAUGUCUAACAUCCCCAUUCAUCAGGACGGUUCGUGUAAUGGACUUCAGCACUACGCCGCUCUGGGCCGCGACCACCGUGGUGGUGCCCAGGUGAAUUUGGUGCCUGCAGAUCGACCUAGUGACGUGUACAUGGGUGUGGCUACACAGGUGAUGGCCAAGGUGGAGCACGAUGCAGUUUUGGAUGUGCCUACUGUGGAGGAAGUUCGUGCGAUGCUUGCGGCGGUUCCUGAUGAUGAGAGCCCUGAAACUUUGGCACGCAAGACGAAACUUCGGACGCUGCUAGACCAGGCACAUCGCAAGAAAUACGCUCAGUUCCUUGAUGGUAUCAUUACCCGCAAAGUGGUGAAGCAGACGGUGAUGACGAGUGUGUACGGCGUGACGUACAUUGGAGCUCGUAAGCAGAUUUCUGCGCGUCUGCACGAGACUUUCUUGACUAAGGGCCACAUUAUGGAUGACAAGCUGGAAGACGAUAUUUACCAUGCGUCGUGCUACUGCGCUGAGCUUACGAUGGGCUCCAUGGGAGAUCUGUUCACGUCCGCUCGUGGUAUUAUGGGCUGGCUGGCCAGAUGUGCUGGGAAGGUCGGUGAGAGUGGACAGCCCAUGUCUUGGAUCACUCCGCUGGGGCUGCCUGUGGUGCAGCCGUACCGCAGCAAGUCGACCAAGCAGGUGCGUACGAAGGUGCAGCACGUGCUGAUGGUGGACAAUGAAGGUCGUCCGGUUAGUAUUGGGCGGCAGAAGUCUGCCUUCCCGCCCAACUUCGUCCACUCUUUGGACUCGACACACAUGAUGCUGACGGCGCGUCGCUGUCUGGAGGACGAGAAGAUCUCGUUUGCCGCCGUGCACGACAGUUACUGGACGCACGCGUGCUCCGUGGACACUAUGAACCGCCGACUGCGCGAGGAGUUUGUCAACUUGUACGAGCAGCCGCUGCUGGAGGAUCUGCUCACGGAGCUGCACUUGCGGUUCCCCGACAUGCAGUUCGACGAGGUGCCGCAGCUGGGCGACCUGGACCUCCAGAGCGUGCUGGACAGCCCCUACUUCUUCAACUAAGGCCCAAGUCUAUUUUAUCACCCCUCGUUCAAACUCGAGGGUAUGUCUAGAGUGUAACAAAGUUCAAUCACAGAGCCGAGCUUGACCAUCGA